AUGGCAGGAAUAGCUUGUAAGGAAGAAAUAAGAGCAAUUAGCAAGAGCGAAAUAGGAGUAGCUUAUAAGAGAAUAGGAAAGUCUUGCUCGAGAGGAGCAGGAAAGGUUAGCGAGGGAGGAAUAGGAGAGACUGGCGAGGGAAGAGCAAGAGCGGUUAGUAAGAGAAGAAUAAGAAAGACUUAUAAGAGAGAAAUAGGAGCGGCUUGCGAGAGAAUAGGAAAGUCUUACUCGAGAGGAGCAGGAGAGGUUAGUAAGGGAGGAAUAGGAGAGACUGGCGAGGGAGGAGCAAGAGCGGUUAGUAAGAGAGAAACAGGAGCGGCAGGAGCGGGCUAUAAUAGAGGAACAAGAGCGAAAGUUACUAAUAGUAUUUAA